AUUUACGAUGCGAAUAUUUUGAAUAGAUCAUGGAAUACAUGUCAUGUUUUCUUAUAUCCAUGAUGCAAGUAGAAAUGUGUCUACUUGCAUCAUGUCUUAUAUUUAUAUCAUGAAAUAGAUGUCAAUAGAAAUUUUGUUGCUAGGAGACAAUAUUGUUUGAUCUGAAUCCGUUUCCUAUAAUCCUACCUACAUCUUCGCGCGCAUAUAAUUUCAUACGUACAUUUGAAUAAAAUGUUCAACGUAUAAUUUGAACUUAGAAUUGGAAGAAAGAUAUCGGGCAUCAGGAUGGUGAAUGAAAAAGAAUUUUGGACGGAGGUCCGGAAAGAUAUACCGCGAUACAAAAAGAGAAAGCCACGAAUAGUUCCUGCCUUCACUAUUCAGGCGUUACAGGAAAACACGAUUGUCGCGAAACCGCCACAAUGUGGAUUGUAUAAACCUCGUCUACCAAAACCAUCGACUUUCAGAAAGUUUUACAAGCGCGGUGUAUUCCCUAUCUCUUUGGAGAACAAUGGUUACGAUCAGAAAAUUAACUGGAAAGUAGACAUAGAAGAUUUAGAUUUCCAUCAUUAUUUGCCAAUGUUCUUCGAUGGAUUAACGGAAACAGAACAACCAUACAAAUUUCUGGUAGAGCAAGGAAUAUCAGAUAUGCUAGAACACGGUGGACCAAAGAUAUUGCCCGUUGUUCCUCAAUUGAUUAUUCCUAUUAAGAACGCUUUGAAUACAAGAAUGCCUGAGAUAAUCUGUACCACGAUGAAAGCACUUCAACGUUUAGUGCGAUCGGCCGAUUGCGUUGGUGAAGCUUUAGUCCCGUAUUUUAGGCAAAUCUUGCCUAUUCCAAAUUUACUCAAAGACAGAAAUGGUAACUUACUUACGUAUUUUGAUAUUUCCUAUAUUCGUAUACAAUUGAAAAUAAAAUGUAUAAUUUCAGUAAACCUUGGCGAAGGUAUCGAUUAUUCUCAGCAAAGAGGAGAGAACGCUGCUGACAUUAUACAAGAGACACUUGAAAUCUUGGAAAGAUACGGUGGCGAAGAUGCUUUUAUAAAUAUUAAAUACAUGGUUCCCACCUACGAAUCCUGUAUGAUGAAUUAAUAGAGGCAGAAAAUUACACUGUAAUGGGCCUUCUACAAUA